AUGGGAUCGUUUAACUUAAUAGCCUUGUUGCUAUUUACUUGUUAUUAUUCCUUCGACAAUGUAUCCGGAAGUUCAACAAGUCUCUUGACAUUUGAUGAAGAAAAUUAUAAAGGAAAACCACUACUCCUCGAUAUAAUAAAGGUACCUUCCUUAUACAUGUCUAUAUUUGCCAUUCAGGAACACAAAAAGAAGCAUCACAAACCAAAGAGCUACACUAAUUGCACUCGUGGUGGAUGCCCCUUUAGUGCUAUUCAGAAACAUUUAGGAGCUCUAUAUCAUUCCCCUGUAAAUGAUGAAGAUAAUAAAAUCCAUACAAAUACUGAUAAUGAAACCUUUGAUCCUGAAAAGUCCACAAGAGAUGAAGUAGAUGUUCGUAAGCAUGCUACACAGAAUACUUCAGAAAGGGUGAAUGAUGAUGCCUCAGUGGAUAAAUCUGUAGAUAGUAGUUCCGAUCGAGAAGGUAACGAACAUGAUACAUCAAGAACAGAACAAAAGGAAUCGGAUGAAAAGGCUUCAGAUGAACAAGUCAAAUCCGAGGUUUCAGAAAACGCAAAACCUAACAAUGAAGGCGAAAAUACAGAUCAAAGGGAGAUCACGGAACAUAAGCAAGAUUCUGAGACAAGGGACAAUGUCGCGGAAGUUGCCAACAAACUGAGUGAAGAAGUAGAUAGCUUGCAUAAAAAAGAAGACAAAUUGACAGAACAGGCGAAGGAUUUAGAGGAAAGGGAAAAUAAGUUAAAGGAAGAAACUAGCACUGUAAAUGAAAAGAAAAACAAACUAGAAAGAGAGGAGAACGGUCUCAGCGAGAAGGAAAAUAAGUUGGAAGAGAAAACUAAUAGUUUGCAAGAAAAGGAAGAUAACUUGACCGAGGAAUCAAAAAGGGUAGAUGAUCUAAAACAAGAAGUAGAAAAUAAAGAAAAGGACCUAGAAGCUUCUGCUACACAAUUGAAGGAUACUGAAAAGGUAUUAGAUGAGAAGGAAAAGGCGCUAGAAAACAAGGAAAAUGAAUUAGGAACUACCGAAAAAAAACUUGAAGAUACUGCUGAGAGUUUGCAGAAAAAGGAAGAGGAAGUUAACGAUGAUCUAACUAAAAUAGAAACUGAACAGCAAACACUUGCUGAAGAUGCAAAAAAACUAAUGGAGGAAACUAAAGAUAUUCAACAAGAAGAAAAUAAAAUAGAAGAUGCAUCAAAAAAAUUAGAAGAAACCCAAAAUAACUUAGAAAACAAGGAAAACAAUUUGGAAGCAAAAACACAAGAAUUGGAAAAUAUUGAAACAAAACUAGAAGAUUCUGCAAAAAAAAUCAAUGAAGAAGCCGAAAAGGUAAAAGACGAACAAGUUGAAAAUAAAACCUCCGAAGAAGAAUCAAAUAAAAAUGACUCCAAAACUCCUACCGAUGAUAUAAAGGGUCUAGAGCCAAUCGCAUCUCCUUCAACAAAUGGAAAACCAGACGCCCUUGUACCAGCAAAAGCACUACCAGAUGGCGGUGCCAUUCCAGAUUGCAAAGACCUAAAUGACGCAGCAAAAGAUGUAUAUGAAGAAGAGGGACAAAUCCAAAAGGACAAAUCUGAAAAUAAAGAAUCAGAUAACGAAGAUGCUGAAGAGGACGAAGAACACAAUAGUGAAAUGGCCGAGGAAGACGAGGAGGAAGAUGACAAAGAUGAAGAAUAG